AUGGACUUCAUAAUCGGAGGUCUAGCCGGCGCGGGUGCCACUAUUUUCACGAACCCGAUGGAUGUUGUCAAAACCAGACUUCAGCUGCAAGGCGAGUUGCGAUCUAGAAAGGAGCAGCCGAGACAAUAUAGGGGCCUCUUCCAUGGGCUCUACGUGAUCGCGAAGGCAGAUGGGGUGCUGGCACUGCAGAAAGGCCUUACUCCAGCCGUGGUGUUCGGAUUUUGUAUGAACUCUGUUAGACUUGGCACGUAUCACGUAGCCGAAGUUCAAGGUUGGACACAAUCAAAUGGUUCCGUAAAUGUUCAGAAAUCAGCGUUUUGGGCGGGCGCUAGCGGUUUUAUAAGCGGUUUGGUUGCGAACCCUAUGUCAGUUGUGAAAACCAGAUUGCAAGCCGCGGCACAUCCUAGUGUAGCGGUUGGGCGACAGCAUAUGUAUAAUGGCACAAUAGACGCUUUAAUGAAGAUUUACAAAACCGAAGGCUUUCGCGGUUUCUUCGCAGGCGUCCACGCAUCUUGUAUUAGAUUAGCAAUUGGUAGUUCCGCACAGCUAACUACAUUUUCAAUUGCUAAAGAAACCUUGCUGAGUCACGGAAUAAGUACAAAUUCAAGGCUAUGCUUAGCGUUCCUGGCUAGUGCUCUUAGCGGAGCCGUGGUUUCUGCAGUCAUAUGUCCAUUUGACGUCGUCAGCGUACGACUGUAUAAUCAGGGUAAUUAUCACCCUCGACUUCAUAGCCUAUAUCUACUAAUAUUUCAUUUUGUUCGCCUUGUUACUAAUUAUAUCAUUAAAUCGCAUUCGAUAUGUGUUAAGAAACUAGAUUUGAUUUGCAGACUGAAAGAGCAACUUCUCGCGAAUGGCUUCUGUCAGAAUUCACCAGCUCUUCUAGCCUGCGUCGCCAGCUUAGCAUGUGGCGUCUUGAGUGUCCUAUUGGAAACCCCACUGGACGUUGUCACUACACGUAUAUUUAAUCAGGGUGCCGCGUCAAAAGGUGAUCAGUUGUACAAAGGUGUUUUCGAUUGCCUUAAGAAAAUAUUGAAGACAGAAGGCGUGUAUGGACUUUAUAAAGGAUUUGGACCUCUUUAUUUAAGAAUAGCUCCACACACAACAUUAUCACUUGUUAUAUGGGACAUGUUAAAUGUAACUUUUGAAAAAAAGAGAUAA